GGAGCCAGUCAUUACAAGAAGUUGGGACUAUACCUUCAAUUCUCUGCAACACAGCGUUCUUUACGUCUGAACUUCCUGGUUCAUCAGCAUCUUCAAAUGCUGCAGCAUGCUCACCAGCAUGCCUUCACCCCUUACCCACUCCAACCGUUUGCUUCAGGAAUCCCAGCUGCUCCAACGGGGACACAGGACUGUAAUUUCAUCACACACCUCCCCAGAGGGACAAGCAGGCAAUCGUUUGCUCCUGUCACGGCUUUUCACAACACCACACAGAAAUCCUUCAACUCAACAGGGCGAUGGGGAGCACUACAUGUCUGCAUUGCAUGGAAGAUUUAUUACAAAGAAAGGCUCAAGAAAAUGCAGCAAACACCUGAUUAUCCCGCCAUCAUUCUACCUGAUAAAGUGCAACAGAAGGAGUCAGACGCGUCCUCCUGCAGACCCUCAAAUCUAGACCCUCCAUGUGAGCACCUGGGCAGUUUACCCUCUGACCUUCACACGUCUUCACUGGCGCCCUGCCACAGCGAUACGUCCAAGAGGGAAGACCUGGAUGAGCACCAGCAUCCACUCUGGAAGGAAAAGGUUGAUGAGAAGGAGAAACACAGGAGCCAACAAAUUAACAAAACAAAGGAUUUACCUCUUAAAGACAAAUCUGUGGAUCAGACUGCUGGACUCGACGGCAGGCUUGGCAGCUCAACAGACAGGAAGAGGCAGCUCGAGUGCAACGGCUUACUCAAAGUGAAGAAGGCGAGGCAGGAAACUGUGGGGGACCACUUUGAUUCUUCACACAUCAAAUCAAGUGAACCUAUCAGUGAUUUCUCUGCUGUGUAUCCUCACAGUAAUACAAGUAAUGCUACCAGAGCUCCUUGUGGACUUAGUUCUUAUCCAGGAGCUGAAUUAAACCCUUACCAAACAAUGUGGGACUGUAACAAGAGGAUGGAUCUCUACUGUAGACAAAACAUCCUGAAGGACUACUCUUUCAAAACCUGCAAAGUGAUCAGGACACCUCCCGCAGCACAGAGACCAGGAGAUGCUUUUAAUGCUUACUCUUCAACACCUCUGUAUUUCCCUCUUGCUUUGAGAGAACAGGAGACAGUUUACCACAGAGAGAGGGAGUCUCUACACUCUCAACAACAGCACUGUCCUUUCUACUGCGGCAGAUAUCAACUCCCUUAUCCUUGCUUUCUGCAGACACCCCAUCUCAGACACUGAGUCUGCACGGACUGCUGGACAAAACAAGGGCUCCACAUUGUCCUGGAACAAAAAAAAACAAACUAAAGUGCAAGACUUUUCAUCAAAAUGUGAAAUAUUAUUAACUUUAUUUUGGAUAUGAGAAUUUCUAAUAAAGCACAGUGGUUUUAAA